AUGUUAGAUGAAAUUCCUGGAAUAAAUAGAGAGAGAAUUAAGUAAUUUGCAAUUAGUUAUGCUCUCUAUAUUAUGGUUCAUUGUUGUAGAUCAACUUGGAGUUAUGCGUCAGGAUUGAUAAUAGAAGGAAAUAAGAUUGAAGGAUUUACUCCAUAAUUUUUAGGAUAUGUCAAUUUUACAUUUUUAUUAUCAAUGGGUGUAUCAUACUUUUUGUAUAUUAUUUUUUAAUGAGGCUUGGAUAGUUAGGUGAUAAGAUAAAUCCAAAAUUAUUUGUAAUUCUUGGCACAUAUCCAUUAAGUGCAUUAUUUAUUAUCCUAGCCCUAAUAUUUGAAUUUACAACAUCCCCAAAAGAAUUAUAUUUAGUAUUAUUACUGUUAGCUGGAAUGUUUUCUUCAACUGCUUGGCCAGGCUUAUUAUGUAUAUUUAUCUUUUUAUUAUUUUUAAGCAAUAAUGAAUGCAUGGAUGCCAAAAGAAUAAAAAGUGAUUAUUCUUGGUAUAUUUGCUUCUUGCAUUAAUGUAGGCAAUAUAGCAGGUUUUAUUAAUUCUGGGAUUACUAUAGAAAUAUUAGAUCUGAGCAUUUUAACCCCCAUUUAUAUAAGUGGAGGAUUGCUAUUUAUUAUGACUAUUAUAUUUCAUAGAUUUAUCAAGCCAAAACCAACUAUAACAUCUGAACAUGUAAUUUAGGAUACAUCAUAACAACCUUAUGUGAGUAAAGAAGUUGUAGGAGUAAAGAAAUUGAAGAUAUGGAAAGCUUGGCUUUUACCAGGAGUAGCUGUAUAUGCUUUAGCUUUUGGAUGUAUUAAAGCUACUUCUAUGAUUAUGGGUUUAUGGUUACCAGCUUAUUUAGAUUAUCUUCAUGUAGGAUUUGUUGCUUUAAUUAAUAUUAUGCUUGAUUUAGGUGCUGGAUUUGGAGGUGUAAUAGUAUGGUAUCAUAAAAUUCAUUUAUCUAUUAGUUAUUUAGGAGUUAAAUACUAAAAAAGAGCAACAAUAAUUGUACCAUUAUUAUGGUUAGGAACCAUAUUAAUGGUGGCUAUUAAUUUCUUAAAAGAUUAUGAUAAUCCAUAUGGAGGAUACAUGGCUCUUAAUUUUGGAGUCGGUUUAUUUAUUGGAGGAUGUUACAAUAAUGUAGCUGCUGCUAUUGCUGUUGAACUUAGUAACAAUAAAGCUUUAAAAAGUAUAUAUAUAGAUUAAAUUAAUUUAGAGUAUAAACAUGCAACUGCCACUGUCACCUCAUUAAUUAUGGGAUAUGGAACUCUCUUUGGAGCUUUAAAUUAAAUAGUUGUACCAUACGUUAAAGAUUACCUCUUUCUUUAUUGCGGUAUUCUAGCUGUUGUUGGAGGAUUACUAUUAAUUGUUGUCAUCUUAACUGAAUGGAAAGUUAGUGAUGAACCAGAUAAAUUAAAUAAAGAAAUAGAAAUGCAUUGA